UUACAAUGGUACAUCCUCUCUCUCUUUCUCUCUCUCCCCCUGUCAAGGAUAGCAAGCAAAGAUUUCAAGUCUCCCUCUCCCCAACUUCUCUAUCUGUCUCACUGUCUUUCUCUUUCUAGUUUUGAUGGAUACCACGAAAAGAUUUGCAUAGUUUGCUCUUCUUUCUCUCUCACUCUCUCGAUGGGUACCAGGGAGAUAUUCCUAUUAUAGCUCUCUCUCUCUCCACAGAGGCAAAACCCUUCACAGAGUUUCAAAAUUUUAAUAAAUCCUAUCUCUCUGCCUCUCGCUCUCUCUCCGAUGUCUACAGACGGCGGCGGGGGAGUCACCAGAACCAACGGAGGCGUUGGAGGAGGUGGAGGCCCCAAGUUGUCCGGCCCCCACCAUCACCAGCAGCAGCAGCGGACCACGCUGCCCACUACCUCUCCCAGCACCACCUCAUCGACUGCCUUGGUUCCUGCACAGCCGGCGAAGAAGCCGCCGUCGAAGGACCGACACAGUAAGGUGGACGGCCGAGGCCGGCGUAUCCGCAUGCCAAUAAUCUGCGCCGCCCGCGUGUUCCAGCUCACGCGGGAGCUCGGCCACAAAUCCGAUGGCCAAACCAUCGAGUGGCUCUUGAGACAGGCCGAGCCUGCCAUAAUCGCCGCCACGGGAACCGGCACCACGCCCGCGAGCUUCUCCACUGCUUCCGGCGCAGUCCGCAGUUCCUCUUCCUCCGGCACGCCGGCCUCCCUCGACCAGAAGUCCGGCAGCGCCCUGCCAGCGUCCCCCUUCAUCCUCGGCAAGCGCCUGCGGCCUGACGACGACCCAACCACCGCCUCCGUGUCUCCGGCCUUCCUCGCCCUCCCUGCUAGGCCUGAGCCUGGCCAACUAUGGAGCUUUGCCUCUCCUGAACUCGUUGCCCAGCAGGCAGCCGCCGCCGUAGGCGCGAGAUCCGGCCGGUUCGCCACCUUCCCGACCGCAACGCCAUUGAUUGGCGAGGCUUCCGCUGCUCGGUUCGGGAACUACCUCCCAAUUGGGCAGGGCCACCUGAAUUUGCUUGCUUCCUUUUCCGGCGCACCGGUGACCGACCGGAGGGAGGAGGACCCUCGUUGACUGGGGAUGGUUAAGGCAGUGGAAGGAUUGGCCUCCUACGAUCUUCAUCAUAUUGGUGGUGGCAGUUUUCAUGGUUGAUGACGAUUAUGAUGGUGAUGACCAUGAUGAUGAUUGGUGUUCGUUGUUUAUGUACAUCUUGUGUUGUGGCUUGCUUUAGAGGACUUGGAAGGUGGAGAAUUCUCCAUCAUGUAAGUUUUUCCUUCUCUUCUUCUUCUUCUUCAGUCGUCUCUGUUAAAAAAAUUUCAUUUUUUCCGCUAUUGGGAUUUGGGGUUCAGGAAUUCUUAAUAGAACAAUUAGUUCAGAAAAAAUAAGUUUAUGUUGUGUUAGUCCUGUGUUGUUUCUGUUGUAUUUAGGUUGUGGGAUUGGACUGACUUUGUGUAAUUGGAUUGAUUGGGCACCUCAGUGUGAAUAAACGUUCGGUCGGGGCUGUAGUUUCAUCAUGUAGCUGUUGCUUCUGUCCUUUCAGUGGCUUUACUUGUGGUGUCUGUAAACUUGUACAUGAUUAAGCUUCUUGUCUUUUUCUUGA